GAUUUGCAAAGAAGACAUUUAUACCAUAUGAACCCACAUUUGGAGAUGGUUUCAAACGAGGAGAAGUAAAAUCCAUAAAUGUGCAGGAUAAGGUGGUGACAAUGCAGUCCGGUCAACGAUACGAAAGCGUUCCAUACGACUACCUCGUCAUAGCAACAGGGUCAACAGGGAAAUUCCCAUGUAAAGUUACUAAAAGUGUUGAUAACAAGGAUAUUAUAAGCAAAUUUGAUUCCUUGAAGGAAGAGAUUCACGCCUCUACUAAGAUUGUGAUAGUAGGGGGCGGUGCAGCAGGGGUUGAACUUGCUGGUGAGAUAAUGACCGACUUAAAAGGCAAAGAGGUGUAUCUGAUUCACCCACGUGAAAAACUUGUCAGUGAGAUGAAUGCUGACAGCUUCACAAAGAGCGUACGAGACCAGCUUGAAACUCUUGGAGUCAAACUUGUUCUGGGAGAGAGAGUAACCAAUCUGGAAGAGCUCCCAACAGCAGCAGAAAAGUCUGUUGUCAGAACAGACAAGGGAUCGAGCAUAGAAGCUGACCUAGUGGUACCAUGCACAGGACUGAAGGUCAACACCAGUGCCUAUGGUAUAAGCUUGGCUAACAAGAUGGAUGGCAAUGGUUAUUUGAAUGUGAACGAAACUCUUCAGGUCGAUGGCUGUGAUGGCGUUUUUGCAAUUGGUGACUGCAAUAAUAAGGAACGUGCUAAGCUGGCGCAUGUAGCAGAGACCCAGGCAAAAUACCUUGCCAAAAAUAUAGAAACUAUUGACAGCGGAAAGCAAGUGCAACCUUAUAAACCAGGAGGAAUGAUGAUGGCGCUGUCUAUUGGUCGAGAGGGCGGUGCACUCCAAAACGGAACAUGGGUCCUAGGUGCCUUCUUUGCUCGGUUCGUCAAGAGUAAGGAUGUGUUUACAAAGCAGACUUGGGGAACGAUGAAACAAACUCCACCAAAAGAAUAAAUCACCAUGGCAAUGGGCCGGGCAAAAGUCUUUUGAAGUGGUGCAUUGGACAACAUAUUUUUUACAUGUCAUUGUGUUUAAUGUGGAAUAAUUCAGAUUAGUAAGAAGAAAAAUGUGCCAAAUUAAUAUUAAAUGAUUCCGAAAUAUAAUUUUUAUUCCCAUUUUUUUCUUUCUCAAAUAUUUUUGUCAGAGCUGUAGGCUGGUUUUAAACUAGGCUGGUUUUAAACUGGGGUGGGGGUGCGAAAAUUGUGAAGGCAAAUCUAAAUCCAUAUUCCACUGAAAAUCUAUGGUCAUUUUUAUCCCAGUCUAUGUCCAUGAUUUUUCCCGGUUUACAACCAUUAUUCCUCAAUUUUUUUAGGUAAACCUUUUCCUUUCUCUUGCUGUUUUUCCUCCCAUCUCUAUAUUCUCAUAUGCUAUUUCACAUGAUAUAAUUUAAUGAUGUAAUUUAGCUAUGGCUCAGAAAGUAAAAGUUAACAAUAUUCUCAUUCUUAAUCACUCUGUAUGUUCCAUUUUUAAGUUUUCAUUUCUAUUCCUUCACAAGUUUACUUCUAUUGUUCUUCUCUAUCCACCAUUUUCCCACCCAUUUUUGGACUGAUAGAAACAUAUUAGGGAAAAGUAAAAAUACACAUUGUGUAAUUGUAGAGAAUUUUUACCAAAGUAGUUUGAUGCAUUUAGUGCAUUUGUAAUUUGAUUUUAGAAUCAAAUCAGAUAUAAAAAGGAUUGCAUCAAUUCUUCAAGUAUAAUAUCUAUAGGCAGUGACUUGGGGUGAUGGUUUAUUUACAUUAAUUAAGUCCCAUAAUUAAGUUGAAAUAUAUAAUUGAUUUUUGCUUAUUGUUAGAUUGUGUAGUAUACUGUUCCUUGAGAAAUGUCUAUCACUGGAAAAUCACAUAGAGGUUAUGGUGUAGCAUUUUGUUGGUAUAGCACCCAAGCAGCAAUCAGAAGGUCUUGGGUUCAAAUCAUGAUGAGUACAUUUUUUUCUCAAGUGAUUAACAAUUAUUAGACUAAUAAAAAUAAUCAUGGUGAAAUUCUAAUAGGCUUAAAAGAGAGAAAAAUGCGAGAAAACAUCUGAAAUAAAACUAUUGCUAUCCUGAUAGUAGGUUGUCAUAAGAAUGUUAAGGAUGAGGAUAAUGAAAAUAAUGAUAAAGAGGAUAAAUACUGUAAUUUAAUGUGUUAACAAGAAAUAUAAAUGGAGUAAACCUUACGCUGUUGUUUAAAAUCCUAAUUGGACGAUACUAUUUAUCAAAUGUAUGCAUCAGCAAAUUUAAUGCAAUAUGAAAUUGACCAAAUAUAUAAAUUUAUGAAACUACUAAAAUAAAAAUUAUGAUCAUGGCAGUAUUUUUUUAGAGACAAAUUUAUAACGUUUAGUCCUAGCGGCGUUUGUGAUGUCGCAGUAAAGUAACAAAUGGACGCAAGUUUGAUAGCAUAAAAAUGCCAGCGUCAAUUACACUAAGCAUCGAUCCCAGGCUAUAACUCAAUUUGUCAAAUUACUGAAAUAGAUCCUCAAAAUGGAGGCUAACUAUCCGCUGUGUACCUGUAGUUUUGGGCCUGGAUCCACAAUGUGUGUAUACCAUUUUGAUGUAUUAAAAUAGUAAAUUAGAUGUAACACACACCUUCGAAAUGAUACCAAAGAACAACGUUUCUAAUCCAAUGCACCCUACAAAGGCACUAUUACUAGACCCUGUAAAAGUUUUGUUUGCAAUAAUAUAGAAAAUAUGAACCCUAGAAUCUAUUUUAAUUGCCUACCUCGUAUAGUUCUUCAAUAAAAAUACUGUAGUGGGAAGUUUAACAACAGCUAUAAAAUAUAGAAAUUUUUACUGUUGAAGAACAUUGUUAUCUUUAUUAUUUGCAUGAUUAAAAUUUUUAUCAAGUCGCCUUACA